AUAUAAUUCAUUCAUGCAACAAAAUCUCCAAAGAAUAACAUAAGCCAUACAUUACUCCCUGUGCAAACAGCAUCUUACACUUGACUAGUGCAUUUUACCAACAUGAAGAACCUUGUCUGCUCUUCUCCAGAAUCCAGCAACAUCUCAGGAAAAUUCACACAAUUCUCCGAGGAAUGCUUGUUCGACGACGCUGCUUGUCUCGAUGACAUGGACUAUUUUGUCAAGACUCUGUCAGGCAUCAAGGCCAAAGGCGUCCGUCCUGAGCUCAUAGGCUCAAUUAUAGCACACUAUGCCUCGAUAUGGCUCCCGGAUUUAGCUAAUAUUGAUGAGUCCAGUAAAGGGAGUCUACGAAGAACUCCCAAGUCCCCUGAUCCUUCACAGGGUCUCAAUGCUUCUCUGAUGAAAAAGAGAUUUUUCGUCGAGACCCUGAUAGGCAUUCUGCCCCCGGAUAAAGACUCCGUGCCUUGCAGCUUCCUUCUACGCCUCCUGCGGUCAGCCAACAUGUUGGGAGUCGAGAAUGUGUACCGUGCAGAGCUUGAGAAAAGGAUUUCAUGGCAACUUGACCAGGCCUCACUCGAUGACUUGAUGAUACCUUCAUUUAGUCAUACUUGUGAGGUGCUAUUAGAUGUCGAACUAGUCAUUAGGCUAGUGACGCGAUUUGUGAAUUUGGAUGAGACUUUUAAGAGUGGCGCUGCAUUGAUUAAAGUGGGGAAGCUUGUGGAUUGUUAUCUUGCAGAAGUGGCGCUUGAUUCCAGACUGAAAACACCAGAAUUUAUCGCGCUUGCUGGAGCUAUUCCGCCCCAUGGACGUUCAGUAGAUGAUGGUUUAUACCGUGCCAUCGACACUUACCUCAAAGCACAUCCUGGCGUUGGAAAGCACGAACGCAAGAGUCUAUGCCGCCUGAUAGACAGCCGCAAACUGUCACCAGACGCAUGCCUCCACGCAGCUCAGAACGAGAGACUACCCGUGAGGUCAGUCAUCCAAGUUCUCUUCUCAGAACAAUCCAAACUCAAUUAUCAACUUGAUCAUAGCGGUUCACUAAGUGGAGCACGAAGCAGCCCGAGUAUGAUAGGCUUCGAGCACAUGCAUGGUCGAAACCAAUCAAAGCGGAUCAUGACAAUAGAGCAGAUGGAGAUAAGGAGGUUGAAAGAAGAUGUGCUUACCUUACAAGGACAAUGUCACACCAUGCAAGCCCAAAUUGAGAAGCUCUUGCAUUCAGAAAAGAAGAAGUCUAGCUUUUUCGGAAACUGGAGGAAACUUGGAGCACUGAAAACUACCAUAUCUAGUACUAAUUAUGUUUUGGGGAAAGAAAAGGACUACUUGACUGAGAAUGAGAUUAACAUGGGGAGAAGGACGCCAUUAGUACAAGACGCGACGUAUAAGAGGACAGGUAAAAUGGCACGAGGGAAAUCAUCUUCUUCCAAGUGGAGGAAGUCUAUGUCCUAAUGACCGAGUUAAUUUCUUAUGAAUACGUGUAUGAUGAGUUACAAUAAUAAUAAUGUAAUGGAAAACUCCAGCUACAUUUAAUUUGCUAACAUUUUCAGCUCAAGAUGCUUAAACAGGUUGUUAGUUGAAAUUUAUCAA